GACUCAAGCAUAAGUCAGAUCAUUUUAUUUUUAAAUAGAACGACUUAAUCGGCAGGUUAAAUGACCUUUUCAUUUUGAAAUGGUAUGAUGUAAUACCUAAUCAGGAAUUUUUAUUUUCACCGACCUAUCAUUGUUCACUCCUGUUUGUAUCCACACUGUUUGCAGCGCGUCGUCGACUUCGUGCUCGUUGUUUCAGUGGAGUGAUUUUGUCGUGCGUGAAUUUAAAAACGUCAAAAUGAGUUUCGGUUUACCGUCAGUCAUCCCUAAACCUACUGUAGCGGAAAAAUUUGACAUUAAAGAAGGAAGCUAUGGAGUAGCUAGUCCUAUGAUAUCAGGCUUAUCAGCGAUGCAACAGAAGAUUAGUUACAUGCAUCCGCUACAAGCUUCAGAAAAAAGUUAUCGAAAGAAUCAAAAUCAUAUGAACAUGGUAUUACUCAGGAAUACCCAAGGAAUGCACGCGCCGUUGCGUAUAGCAAUGGAGUUAAAAACAACCGAGAAGAUCGGAAGACUUCCGUUCUUAUCAUCAUCCAAUGUGAUGCGAGAUGUUCUGCUUGGAACAGACCAAGACAUAGGAUUCCAAGAUAUCUUCAAUACUCCCGAGUUCAGAGAACAAAUGGGACAGCCACAUGCUGUUGUAGAAAGUCAUCUUGGAAUAUUGUAAAAAGUAAGAUUACAAUAAUUACUUUCGUCUCAUAAAAAAUACAGAUUUAUAAUAAAACUUGUUUGCUAAUUAAGGAAAAUAAACACAAUAAUUGUUGUAAGUUCUA